UUAAACGCGUUGAACCAAUAAAAACAAUAGUUAAUGAAGUAGAAGAACCUCAUAAUGAUAAUAGUGACACUGAACUAGAGCAACCAAAUCAUAAAAAGGAAGUAAGGUAUGCAGUUUGUCAAGUAGAAAUAAUAGUUGAAAAGAAAUGUGAAAAAACCUAUAAGAUUGGUACAUCCACUAGUAAUUGCUCUGAACAUCUUGCAAAUAUUCAUGGGAUAACUAAGGAGCAAGAGAAAGCUGAUAUU